CACACCCACUGGGAGGUAAUAUAUCUGCUUUGUUGCAGACAGUCUACGAAUUAGUCCUCUCGUCAGUCGCAGUGAUUCUAUGGCUUAAUACUAUCACUUUGUAAAGCUGUUCCUCUGCAACCCUUGAAAUUCUCGCAUGGAGUUUGUCUCUAAGAUUCUUGGCUUCAGUUUCCUUGACUUGUAGUGUUCACUGAAUGCUAUAUCGAACAAUGGAUGCUCGCAGACGAAGUCCGCUGGUGAGAAGGUACGUUAUCACCAUUGUUCUCUUCUCGUUCUUAAACACAGCAUCUGCUGUUACUCAUUAUUCUAUUCCUGAAGAAAUGGAAGAAGGCUCUGUGGUAGCAAAUUUAGCAACAGAUCUUGGACUGGAUGUUAGGACACUGAGUAAAAGGAAGAUACGACUGGAUACAUUGUCCAAUAAAAAAUAUCUGGACAUUAAUAAAGAGACAGGCGAGCUGUUUAUCUUGGAGAGAAUCGAUCGAGAAUAUAUCUGCACAUCUAAAUCAGCAACAACAUGCAUUUUGAAACUGGAUGCAACAAUAGAUAAUCCAGUGAGAAUGUUUAAUAUCGAGCUGGAAAUCCUUGAUAUUAACGACAAUGCGCCCCAUUUUAGAAGAGACACGAUGCAUUUAGAUAUUUCUGAAUCAACUGCCACCAGCGAACGAUUCUCACUAAAUAAUGCAAUUGAUCCUGAUAUUGGUGUAAAUUCGAUAAAAACAUACUAUCUCAGCGACAGUGAUCAUUUUUCCAUCGAAAUCCAAACGGGUCGUGAUGGAUCAAAGUUCACUGAUUUGAUUCUGAAAAAGGCUUUAGACAGAGAAGAACAGGCUGUUCAUAAUUUAAUACUGACUGCUGUAGAUGGCGGAGUCCCCGCGCGCUCGGGCACAGCCAGCAUCAUUGUGCGCGUUCUGGAUACGAACGACAACUCACCUCAGUUUGAAAAAGAAAGUUACACCAUUAACUUAACAGAAAAUUCACCGAUUGGAAGCCUUGUAGUCAAAUUAAACGCGACAGACGCAGAUGAGGGGUCAAAUUCUGACGUCAUAUAUGCAUAUAGCUUAUAUACCUCAGAGAAAACCCAGGACACCUUCAGCUUAAAUCCAGAAAAUGGUGAAAUUAGAGUUAAAGAAAUGAUUAAUUACGAAGAUUUCAGAAUUUAUGACAUGGAAAUUGUGGCAACAGACAAAGGAGUAAACUCCUUAUCUGGAAAGUGCAAAGUAAGAAUUUUAAUCACAGAUAUGAACGAUAACCAUCCAGAAAUUUCCAUAAAGUCAUUUACUAGUCCAGUUAAAGAGGAUAUAGCUGUAGGUACAGUGAUAGCAGUGGUUAGUGUGAGUGAUAAAGACUCAGGAGAAAACGGUCAAAUAGACAUUGAUAUUUCUGAUGAAUUGCCUUUUACGCUUAAAGAAUCAUCUGAUAAUUAUUAUGAGCUCAUGGUUUCAGAACCGUUAGACCGCGAAAAGGUUCCAGAGUAUGACAUCACAUUCACCGUCACAGACAGAGGAAAGCCUCCGUUAUCAGAUAAUGAAACUAUGACUUUAGAGCUGCUGGACAUUAACGACAACGUUCCUCAGUUUCCACAGUCAUUCUACACCAUACAGGUUGUAGAAAAUAACGCACCAGGAGCUUUAUUGAGCUCCCUCACCGCACACGACCCGGACCUCCAUGAAAAUCAGUAUCUAGUGUAUUUCAUAAUCGAAAAGGAAAUAGCGAACACCUCCAUGUCCAUGCUGUUCUCCAUCAAUCCAGAGAAUGGGAACCUUUACGCACUGAAGACGUUUGAUUAUGAGAUAGAGAAGGAGUUCCUUUUCCACAUCGAGGCCAGAGACUCUGGCGUUCCUCCGCUCAGCAGCAACGUGACCGUUCACAUCAUUAUAAUGGACCAGAACGACAACACACCGCUUAUAGUGUCUCCCUGGCGCGCGCACGGCUCAGUGGUGGAGGAAAAAAUCCCGAGAUCCACCGAUAAAGGAACUCUGAUAGCCAAAGUAAUCGCUAUUGACACGGACUCGGUGCACAACUCUCGCAUCACCUACCAGUUUCUCCAGAACACCGAUGCUACAUUGUUCAGCUUGGACCAGUACAACGGAGAGAUCCGGACCAUGAGGAUGUUCAGCUACAGAGACUCGCGCCACCAACGGCUGGUGGUGAUCGCCAAGGACAACGGAGAGCCCUCGCUCUCUGCUACAGUCACCAUCAAACUGUCCACGGUGGAGACGGCGCUCAAAACCUAUGCUGACUUGACUGAAGUGCCUUUAGAGUACGACAUCUUUUCAGACCUGAACCUGUAUCUGGUGAUCGGCCUGGGCUCGGUGUCAUUUCUCUUACUGAUCACCAUUUUGGUGACCAUCGUGCUGAAGUGUCAGAAAGCGAAGCCGAGCAAAGCAGCUCCUCCCUGCAGGAACAGUGUGAUCAGUGAGAGGAACUCCACCAUCGCCGAUUCCACGCUGGUGUCCAACGAUGCCUACUGGUACAGUUUGUUUCUAGCAGAGACGAGGAAAGGGAAGCUGGUAGUGAGGCAGCCUGUGCCAAAGGGGGCGAGAUACAUCGUGUCCAGUAUACCCAGGAGUACAGGCCUGACCGAGACUAGUGACUCAGCUGCGUCCACUUUACAGGUAAGAAAAACAUAGCUCUCACUGGGAACA